AUGGAGGAGCUCGAGCACAGCUGCCCGCAUCCUCGGACGACGCUGACCGAGCCGGCCAUCUUUGCCAGGGAAGCCAGUUGUGACUGCCGCGCCCCUCAUGAGAAACUCACCAUUACUCAGGCCCGCCGAGGGACCCCAGUGGACCGACCGGUCAGAGUCUACGCAGACGGCAUCUUCGACCUGUUCCACUCUGGACAUGCUCGUGCUCUCAUGCAGGCCAAGAACCUCUUCCCCAACACCUACCUUAUAGUCGGAGUGUGCAGUGAUGAGCUGACCCACAAGUACAAGGGCUUCACCGUCAUGACAGAGCACGAACGAUAUGAAGCCCUGAGACACUGCCGCUACGUGGACGAGGUUUUGAGAGACGCACCCUGGACUCUCACCCCCGAGUUCCUGGAGAAACACAAGAUCGACUUUGUGGCUCAUGAUGAUAUCCCAUACUCCUCAGCAGGAAGCGAGGAUGUUUAUAAACACAUCAAGGAGGCAGGGAUGUUCGUGCCGACACAGAGGACAGAGGGAAUCUCAACGUCCGACAUAAUCACCAGGAUUGUCCGAGACUACGACGUCUACGCCCGACGAAACCUCCAACGUGGCUACACGGCCAAGGAGCUCAACGUCAGCUACAUCAACGAGAAAAAGUACCGGCUGCAGAACCAGGUGGAUCGCAUGAAGGAGAAGGUUCGCACCGUCGAGGAGAAGAGCAAACACUUUGUGUACCGUGUGGAGGAGAAGAGCAACGACCUCAUCCAGAAGUGGGAGGAGAAGUCCAGGGAAUUCAUCGGUAACUUCUUAGAACUUUUUGGACCAGAUGGAACUUGGAAACAGGUGUUCCAGGAACGCAGUGGCCGAAUGCUGUCCUACGCUCUGUCCCCCAGGGAGUCGCCCUGCAGCAGCCCCACCCGCGAACUCUCCCCCCUCCGCUCCCCCUCGCCCCCGCCCCCCCCCUUGCGCUGGCACAGUGCGCGGCCCUCGCCCCCGACCUCCCCGAAAGGAGCGUCGGCGUCCGUGAGCAGCAUGAGUGAAGGUGAUGAAGAUGAGAAGUAG